AUGUCGAGAACAGGAUUCGAAGAAUGUGCCGGAGUGACUCAAUGGUGUUUGACUUCUAUUGGUUACUGGCCUGUAAUCCACGGAAAACGUCAUUGGUUUUUCCAAAUUUUACUUCCCAUUGUGACUCCUACGGCAAUGAUUCUGUUUGUAAUUGUCCCUCAAACUGAAAAUAUUUACCGAUUUAGGAAUGACUUUAGCAUUGUAAUGGACACUUUGGCUGUAGCAGUUGUUGGCUGUGUUCUUUGCUUGUGGAAAUUCUUGGGUUUACACUCAAAUCAGAAAGAUCUGCAGAUUAUAAUCGAAAACAUCGAAUUAGAUUGGAAAACAGCUAAUGAACACGAACAGAUAAUCAUGUGGAAAAAUGCUAAAAAGAGUAGAAUCGUAACUACAAUUAUUCUCUCUUCUACAAUUGCAAACGUAUCAAAUUUGCUCAUGGGUGUCAUCAUGGGCUGUUACUAUGCGGAAGCUAAUAGAGUCGGAAACGGAAAUAUCGAGAGACCUUACUACGUUUUGUCUCAUUUUGAUUUUGAUGCCCAAAAGAGUCCUAUAUAUGAACUCAUAGUAAUCGGACAAUUUUUGGGCUGUUUCUUCGCAUCUCUUAUACACACGGGCUAUGACGGUUUGUUUGUCUUUACUAUUUUACAUUUUAGUGGACAACUACAUAAUCUAAGAUUUAGCGUCGAAAAUGUUGCCAAAGAUUGUUUAAGAAAAAAAUGUACUUUAAAAAGUCUGUUACGGCCUUUGAUCCGUGCUCAUCAACGUCUUGACAAUUUUGUUAUGAUAAUCGAAAAAAGUUUCAAUCAACUUUUCCUUGGACAGAUUUUAACUUCAUCGUUUCUCAUAUGUUUGCAGGGAUAUAGAUUCAUAUUGUUAUUAUCAGAAGUGAAAACGGAAGUUGUACCUGAAAUAAGUUUCCUUAUUUCGUACUUUCUGAGCAUUAUAUUGAGUAUAUUCAUGUACUGUUACAUGGCUGAGCAAUUACGAAUCCAGAAUGAUGAACUGUUCAAAUCAAUAUUUAAAAUGGAAUGGUACGAAUUACUGUGUAAGGAGACAAAAUUAUUAAUUACUUUCAUGAGUCAAUCAAAGUCUGCUACUCGCAUUACAAUAGGAAAAUUUGCAGAAUUUUCAUUAGAAUUUUUUUGUAAGAUCCUAAAAAAUGUGGCUGGUUAUAUUUCGAUGUUAUUGGCUUUGAGAGAUAGAUUUGUACAUACUGAUCUUAUUUUAGUGGAAUAA